AUGGCACCAUCAGGUAGAAGAACAAGUAAAACAAGGCUCUUGGCAUAUGGAGUCGCAUUGACUGUAGCAGUUGGAACUUCUGCAUGGUUAUUAUGGAAGUCAUCAAAGGAAGAAGCAGAAGAAGAUAAGACAUCAAAAACUGUACAUAAAUAUAAAUCUAGAUGUAUUAUUAUGACCAAGUCAAUAUCGGAAUCGCAGGAUAUAAAAUGGGCCACAAUUAUGAAAGAUCCAAAUGUUGUUGUCAUCGUAGCACCAAAAGUGGAAUUCCCACAGUUAGUUUAUCCAAACCAAGUUAUUGAUAAUAAUGAUCUGUUUAAGAUAAUUCACUGUGAUACUAACAAUGGGGUGUGGGCCUGUGUUAAGAGUUUAAAGAAAGAUGAACUUCUUCUUGUUUCACAUGAUCUGGAACAUGAAAUUCCCACGGAUAUAAUACGCUAUGUGAAACAUAUUAAUGACAUUAAAGAUACACCUAAUGUCGUAUCUUAUUUGAACAGUUAUACACAAUAG